AUCAUCUUCAGUGUCUUCUCCUUGCCUGGUUAUUUGUGCCAACUCAGGAAGCUGGCAGUAGGAUGAGUCUGUCUACCGUAGCAAGACGACUAUGUUCUUCGAGAUCAUCAUCCACGAGUCGACUUUCAGUCGUUUCGGCACGUCUGUACAGCGCUGAGCCUGCGAAAGAUACGGGCGCUAAGAGAUACAAAUAUCCCGAAGUCUAUGAUCCAUAUGGUCCUAUGCCACCACCAUCAGAGAAAGUUGUUGGUCUAGCUGACCGCAUUGCCGCUCUCCCUCCUGAAGAGAUCAAACAGAUUGCUCCAGCUCUCCUUCUCAGACUGAACCAGCCAGCACCACAGGCAAUUUCUGGCCAGGGUUUCAGUGUUGGUUCUCAAGGUGGUGCUGGGGCUGGUGCAGGUAAGUCUGAAGAGAAGAAGGCCGAGAAGACAGUAUUCGAUGUCAAGCUGGAGAAAUUUGAGGCUGCUGCAAAGAUCAAGAUUAUCAAGGAGAUCAGAACAUUUACGGAUUUGGGUCUGAAGGAAGCAAAGGAGCUGGUGGAGAAGGCCCCUGUCAUUCUGAAGCAGUCACUGACGAAGGAGGAAGCAGAGGCGAUCAUAGCGAAGAUAAAGACAGCAGGUGGUGUUGCUGUGAUGGAGUGAAUGAUCAAAGCCUGUACACAGCCAACCUUUUUAUUCUUCUGAUUUUGUUACCAUGGUCGGCAUUUGAGGUCAGAGGAUCUCU